UCUCCGCAGGUAAGCAGUAGAAUGGUGUCCGGGGAGGCAGGUGGGCACAGCUACCUGGUGGCGUGCUGGCAGCCCAUCCUGGUCCUAAUGCUGGGCACUGUCCUCUCCGGCUCCACCACCGGCUGCCCGUCCCGCUGUGAGUGUAACGCUCAGGAACGUUCCGUGGUGUGCCAUCGACGGAGGCUGGCCUCGUUUCCCGAGGGCAUCCCCAUCGAGACGAAACUACUGGACCUCAGCAAGAACCGUCUGAAAAGCCUGGGGCCUGAGGAGUUCAUUAACUACCCACAGCUAGAGGAGCUGCAGCUCAAUGAGAACAAUAUCUCUUCCAUGGAGCCCGGGGCUUUUAGCAACCUUGCCGGGUUGCGGACUCUGGGGCUGCGCAACAACCAGCUUAAGCUAAUCCAGUUGGGAGUGUUCACAGGCCUCAGCAACCUCACCCAGCUGGACAUUAGCGAGAACAGAAUUGUCAUCCUGCUGGACUACAUGUUCCAGGAGCUGUACAAUCUGAAGGCUCUGGAAGUCGGCGAUAACGACCUGGUGUUCAUCUCUCACCGAGCGUUCCACGGCCUCAGCAGCCUGGAACAGCUGACCAUGGAGCGCUGCAACCUGACCUCGGUGCCCACCGAGGCCCUGAGCCAUCUGCACAACCUACUGUCGCUGCGACUACGCCACCUCACCGUCAAUGCUGUCAGGGAUUACUCCUUCAAGAGGCUUGACCGCCUGAAGGUGUUAGAGAUCUCCUACUGGCCCUACCUGGACACCAUGACCUCCAAAUGCCUGUACGGCCUCAACAUCACCUCCCUGACCAUCACAAACUGUAACCUCACCGCCAUCCCUUACCAGGCCAUUCGACACCUUGGGCAUCUUCUCUUUCUCAACUUGUCUUUUAAUCCCAUUCACACGGUGGAGGGGAACAAGCUGCACAAUCUGCUGAGGCUCCAGGCCUUCCACUUGGUAGGAGGGAGAUUAGCCACAAUUGAGCCCUACUCCUUCCGGGGCUUGAACCACCUCCGAGUCCUCAACGUAUCCAGCAAUAGCCUGAACACCCUGGAGGAAUCCGUCUUUCACUCCGUGGGGAACCUGGAGACCCUGGCACUGUACGAUAACCCACUGGCCUGCGACUGCCGACUGCUCUGGAUCUUUCGCCGCCGCUGGAGGCUCAACUUCAACCGGCAGCAGCCUUCCUGCUCUUUGCCCGAGGCCGUGCAGGGCAAGGAGUUCAAAGACUUCCCCGACAUCCUCCCCUCCGAUUCCUUCACCUGCCAGAAGUCCAGGAUACAAGACCACAAGGCACUGCAGAGGCACGUGGACGAGGGCACAACGGUCCAUUACACAUGUCAGGCGGACGGCAACCCAGCCCCCGUGAUCAUGUGGCUGUCCCCCAAGAAGCAGUUCAUCACCACCAAGUCCGUGGGGCGUCUCAGCGUGUCCCCCGAGGGCACCCUAGAGGUGCGCUACGCCCAGAUCCAGGACAACGGUACCUACCUGUGCAUCGCCAGCAAUGCAGCAGGGAAUGACACCAAGCCUGCCCACCUGCAUGUGCACAGCUACUCGCCCAACUGGCCGCACCAGCCCAACAAGACGUUUGCUUUCAUCUCCAACCAGCCCAGCGAGGAUGGGGCCAACGGGACCCUGGCCCAGGUUCCCUUCCCGUUCGAUGUGAAGACUCUGAUCAUCGCCACCACCAUGGGAUUUAUCUCGUUCCUCGGCGUCGUCCUCUUCUGUCUCGUCAUCCUCUUUCUCUGGAGCAGAGGAAAAGGCAACGUCAAGCCAAACAUAGAGAUUGAGUAUGUACCCCGUAAGGCGGAGGCAGGUGAGAGUAGUCCAACCGGCGAUGCGCCGCGUAAAUUCAACAUGAAAAUGAUGUGA